UUUCUAGGGCAAUGCGAAAUGUUGGACAGGCACGGACCUCCCAUGCACUUCCGGCCCCAUCUCCGGAGCCCGAACAAUGCCAUACGCCUCCCUCGUGCCGUUUAACCACUCUGGAUUUUGCCGCUCUGUCCUGAUUCCCGUUCCCUCUUUCAUUAGCGUUGCUACAGGUAACUCAUUUGGCAAUCGGAUCGAGAUCAGCGCAGAGGAGUUUGAGGGCUUUUAAGUGUGUUUUUCUCGAUAAAUGCCUCUGAAUUGGUCUUUGGAUGUGCCACUUUCGACGAGAUUGGUUUCGUGAGGAUGAGGGAGGGAGGGAGGGAUGAAGGAUGGAAGCUCUUGCGAAUGAGCAUUGAUGGUUGUGGACGCUGAAAUCCUGGAAUUUUGUAGUCUGAAUUUGGUGGAUGAGGGACUGAAUUAUGCCGUGGAGGUUUUUGAAGCUGAGUGGGGAGGAUUUCGUGAAUCGGAGUAGGUUUGGAAGAGAGCCGUGGGCAGUGUGAUUCGAAAUUGAGGAGGAGACAAAGAAGUGCUUGGAAGGGAUGGCGAUGGCCAGCGCGGCGGGGAGGAUCGGGCGGAGCCGGGCGGGUGCUGCUGCUGCUGCUCUGAGCCGGGGAUUUAAGGUGGAGCGGUUGGACAUGUUCGACGUGGUAAAUCCAGCCACGGGGAAGGUCAUCGGGGAGCUGUUGAUUGAGAGCAAGGAUGAAGUGGUGUCAAAAUUUGAGGCUCUUGCAGCUGGUCAGAAGAAGUGGCGGAGCGUGCCUUUGGUGGAGCGGCGAGCCAUGCUGGAGAGGUUCAACGAGCUUCUUAGGCUUAAUAUGCCGGUUCUAGCCAAGACCUUGAGCACGGAAAUGGGGAAGCCGAUUGCACAGGCGAAGAACGAGGUUCGUGCGACGGUGGAUAGAGUCAGGUUUUACCUUGAAAAUUAUGAGAAGGUGCUCAAGGAGAGUUGUGUUUUGGAGACCAGUAUCCUCAAGGAGAAGGUUGUUUACGAGCCUCUUGGAGUAGUGGCUAACAUUUCAGCUUGGAAUUAUCCAUAUUUCGUCUCCACGAAUGUGUUUGCUGCAGCCCUAUUAACAGGGAAUGCUGUUCUUUAUAAGCCGAGUGAGCAUGCCACCUUAACAGGGAUGGAGAUCACAAACUUGCUGUAUGAGGCAGGGGUUCCAAAGAAUGUAUUUGCGAUGACAACCGGUAAGGGAGAGACAGGAGCGGCCGUGGCAUCGCUGAAAGGUUUGGGAGGAUUAUUUUUCACGGGCUCGAACAAGACGGGGCUGGAAAUUGCGAAGCAAGCUGCUCCAAAUCUUGUCAAGCUGCAAUUGGAGCUCGGAGGAAAGGAUCCCGUGUAUGUGAGAGCUGAUGUGGCGGACGUAGGUGCCGCUGCCGCGUCUAUUGCAGAUGGUGCAUUUUAUAAUUGUGGGCAGAGUUGUUGUAGUGUGGAAAGGAUUUACGUCGAUAAAAGAAUAUACAACGAGUUUCUGAGUGCUUUCAUCAAGAAUGUAAUGGCUUUCAAGGUGGGAGAUCCUUUAAAGCCUGAUACAUAUAUUGGUCCCGUGGCCAGACAACCUCACUUGCCUUACCUUGCUGCCCAGGUGCAGGAUGCUAUCUCCAAAGGAGCUCGCGCAUCAUCACACACACAUCUAGAGAGCAAUCAAGGGGGUUUCUAUUUCCCUCCUACAGUCCUCUCAGACGUGAAUCACACCAUGGACGUUAUGAAGGAAGAGUCAUUUGGGCCUUUGAUUGGAAUUCAAGCUGUAGAAAAUGAUGCAGAAGCAUUGGCACUUAUGAAUGAUACUACCUAUGGGCUUACUGCCAGUGUGUAUUGCAAGCACAAUCAGGAUGCUGAGAACAUUCUUCGAGAGUUGGACGUUGGCACAGGUUACUGGAACUGCUGCGAUCGAGUAUCACCCAGGUUGCCGUGGUCUGGCCGCAGAGGUUCAGGCCUAGGGGUCACUUUGGGCAUGGAUGGGCUCCGUUCCUUCGUGAAACCCAAGGGGAUUGUCUUUCAAAGUCCUUCCAACAAGGAUUAAACAGCGAAAUCUUGAAUGAAGAACGAAUGUGAAACCCAACUCGGGCUUCACUCAAAGUCCUACAACUCAAUCAAUUUGGCUGGCCUCUCGUAGUCAAAUCGACUCGAAUCCUGUUGGAACACAAAUCAUGUCAAAUUUUAGACAGCGCCAGGGCUCUUUAACGACUAGGCCGUGGAAAAACUGUCGAUGGCCAAUUAACCAUCAUGGGUAUUCUUGUACGCCAUGGUGGCAUUCGUGUACGUCAUCCGGCCACAACCUUCUAAUUGCCACUUUUGCGCUGCUUAUUGUUACUCUAGUGAAGGGUGCAUUUGGUCAGGUUUCACAUUUAAGAACAAGUCUUUUUUUAAUGUAUUCUUUGACCAUUGGAAUCAGGUAGUUGGGUUUCUAUUAAGUCUGUAAUGUUAUAAACUUUGACCAUAAAAUCCAAUGAAGUUACAUUGUAAACUACAAGUUCAACUUUGCGUAGUUUUUGUUUAGUUGUCAGCCAUAUUUUAAAUUUUCAGUCUUUAUAAUGAAACUUACGUUAAAUAUCA